GGGAGCGCGGAGGCGGCGGCGGCGCGGCGAGCUCGCCCGCUCUCUCCGGAGUGUGGCUGCGCGCGAGCCGGCGAGCGGCGCGCGGGCGGCCCGAGCUUCGGCGGCGGCGACGCUGACACCUCCCACCAUGGACAGCUUCGACUUAGCCCUGCUCCAGGAAUGGGACCUCGAGUCGCUGUGGGGUGAAGACAUCUUAAACCAGAGGAAUGACUCUCUAGCUGUGGAAUUUCAGUCGUCAACCAGCAGAUGCAGGAGUGCCUAUGAACCAGAUAGAAAUGUGUUACGGAGGAAAGAACGAGAAAGAAGAAAUCAAGAAACUCAACAGGAUGAUGGCACGUUUAAUUCGAGCUACUCCCUCUUCAGUGAACCUUACAAGACCAACAAGGGGGAUGAGCUCUCCAACCGGAUCCAGAACACUUUAGGCAAUUAUGAUGAAAUGAAAGACUUUUUAACUGAUAGAUCCAAUCAGAGUCAUCUUGUUGGCGUUCCCAAACCGGGGGUUCCUCAGGCUCCCGUGAACAAGAUCGAUGAACAUUUUGUUGCAGAGUCGAGAGCCCAGCCCCAGCCCCCAUCUGUGUGUAGCUCUGCGUCCUCCACCCCAGCAGCUGUCCCCGUGCCCCAGAGUAAGAGAGUCACCCUGGGCUGGCAGAAGGCCGGUCACCCGCCACCCGAAGGCCAGCAGAGAGCAACACCACAGGGCUCUCUGAGGUCCUUGCUUGGAGACGGUGUUGGCAGACAACAGCCACGGACCAAACAAGUGUGCAACAUGGAGGUGGGCCUUCAGACACAGGAAAGGCCGCCUGCCAUGCCUGCCAAGCAUGGCAGCAGUGGACACUGUGUUCAGAACUUCCCUCCAUCCCUGGCUACCAAACCCAGCCUGGUUCAGCAGAAACCAACCGCCUACGUGCGGCCCAUGGACGGCCAAGAUCAGGCUCCUGACGAGUCUCCAAAGCUGAAGUCAUCGACGGAAACCAGUGUGCACUGUGCAUCCUACAGGGGAGUCCUGUCCUCCAAGCCGGAGUCCGCCAGAGCCAAGGCCAAGCUUUCAAAGUUCAGCAUCCCCAAACAAGGCGAGGAGAGCAGAUCUGGAGAAAGCAACAGCUGUGUUGAAGAAAUAAUUCGGGAGAUGACCUGGCUUCCACCACUUUCUGCCGUUCAAGCACCUGGGAAAGUGGAACCAAACAAAUUUCCAUUUCCAAAUAAGGACUCUCAGCUUGCAUCCUCUGGACACAAUAAUCCAAAGAAAGGUGAUGCUGAGCCAGAAAGUCCAGACAAUGGUACAUCAAAUACAUCAAUGCUGGAAGAUGACCUCAAGCUGAGCAGUGAUGAAGAGGAGAAUGAGCAGCAGGCAGCCCAGAGAACUGCUCUCCGCGCUCUCUCUGACAGCACCGGGGUCCCGCAGACCACGGGCAGCGCCUCCGUGCCGUCCAGCAAGGGCAGCAGCAGCGGCAGCAGCAGUGGCAGCAGCAGCUCCAGCGACUCAGAGAGCAGCUCCGGGUCCGACUCAGAAACGGAGAGCAGCUCCAGCGAGAGUGAGGGCAGCAAAGCUCCCCACUACUCCAGCCCUGAGGCCGAGCCGGCGUCCUCUAACAAGUGGCAGCUGGAUAAAUGGCUAAACAAAGUGAAUCCCCACAAGCCUCCUAUUCUGAUCCAAAAUGAGAGCCACGGACCAGACAGCAAUCAGUACUACACCCCGGCCAAAGACGAGGCGCAGGAGGCCGGGAAGCUCCCCGACGUCUGCCCGGCCAGCCUGCGCGAGAAGGAGCUCAAGGGCUCCUGCAAGGAGGAGCAGAGGCCGCGGACAGCCAACAAGGCCCCGGGCAGCAAAGCGGUGAAGCAGAAGUCGCCGCCCGCGGCCGUGGCCGUGGCCGCCGCCGCCGCCUCCUCCGCGCCGCCCGCCGAGAGCGCAGCGGCACCCGCGCGGAGGGCGGCCGCCAAGAAGCCGGCGCGGCGCGCCGAGAGGACCCCGGCCGGCGACGGCGCGCCCUGCGCCCGGCCCGAGGAGCCCGCGGCCGGGGACGCGCUGGGGGCGAGCGCGGGGGGCGCCCCGGAGCCCCCCAGGCCCCGGCCCUGCGGCCCCGGCCGCCCCGGCCACCGGAAGGAGCCGCGCUCCUCGGCCGCCUGCGAGAAGCGCCGCACGCGGGGGCCGAGCCGGAGCGCCCCCAAGUCCAAGGAGUUCAUCGAGACCGAGUCGUCCUCGUCGUCGUCGGCGGCGGCGUCGGACCUGGAGUCGGAGCAGGAGGAGUUCCCGCCCGCCAAGCCGCAGAGCGCCGCGCCCGGCCCCGAGCCCAGGCCCAGGGAGGCGGCGCCCGCGCCCCGCGCCCCCGUGGGCUCCGUCAACGCCAGGAGCAGCAGCGACUUCGCCAAGGAGCUGGAGGAGCAGUUCUACACGCUCGUGCCCUUCGGCCGCAACGAACUGCUCUCCCCGCUCAAGGACAGCGACGAGGGCAGGGCGCUCUGGGUCAAGAUCGACCUGGCCCUGCUGUCCAGGGUCCCGGAGCACCUGCCGCAGGAGCCGGGGGUCCUGAGCGCCCCCGCCGCCAAGGACGCGGACGGCGCGCAGCCCCCGGGCCACCUGCCCGACGCGCUCCCCGAGAAGGCUUUGCCCAAGUCCAAGAGGAAACGCAAGUGUGAAAAUGAAGACGACUACAGGGAGAUCAAGAAGGCCCAGGGAGAGAAGGAGAGCUCCUCACGGCUGAACGCAGCUGCCAACAACACCUUGUCUACAAAUCACUGCAGCGUGAACCUCAACAGCUUGGCAAUACCAAUAAAUAAAAAUGAAAAAAUGCUGCGGUCACCCGUCUCACCCCUGUCCGAUGCAUCUAAACACAAAUACCCCAGCGAGGAGGUAACUGCUGCUAGGCCCAGCAGCAACGGCUUGUUCACGUCCGCCUCCUCCAACAAGAAGCAUAAGGCCGAGAGCCAGCCGCCGGCCCUCCCCGGAGACCUCACGAAAGCAGCUCACAACAAUUCUGAAAACCUCCUCCACAAGUCCAGGCCACAAACAGAGCCGUGGUCUCCGGUCUCCAACGGGCACAAGGACUGCAAGAGGCAGAAACUUGUCUUCGAUGAUAUGCCACGCAGUGCAGAUUAUUUUAUGCAAGAAGCUAAACGGAUGAAGCAUAAAGCAGAUGCAAUGGUGGAGAAGUUCGGGAAGGCUUUGAACUACGCCGAGGCGGCUUUGUCGUUCAUUGAGUGUGGGAAUGCGAUGGAGCAAGGCCCGAUGGAGUCCAAGUCCCCCUACACGAUGUACUCAGAGACAGUGGAGCUCAUCAGGUAUGCUAUGAGACUAAAAACCCACUCAGGGCCCAAUGCCACUCCCGAGGACAAACAACUGGCUGCGUUGUGCUACCGGUGCCUGGCUCUCCUCUACUGGCGGAUGUUUCGACUCAAAAGGGACCACGCAGUAAAGUAUUCCAAAGCACUUAUCGACUAUUUCAAGAAUUCAUCGAAAGCGACCCAGGCCCCCUCCCCGUGGAGGCCCAGUGGAAAGAGCACCGGAACCCCAUCCCCCAUGUCCCCCAACCCCUCUCCCACCGGCUCUGUGGGGUCCCAGGGGAGCCUGUCCAACGCCAGCGCCCUGUCCCCUCCGACCAUCGUCAGCAUCCCGCAGCGCAUCCACCAGAUGGCGGCCAACCACGUCAGCAUCACCAACAGCAUCCUGCACAGCUACGACUACUGGGAGAUGGCGGACAACCUGGCCAAGGAAAACCGAGAAUUCUUCAACGACCUGGACCUGCUGAUGGGACCCGUCACCCUGCACAGCAGCAUGGAGCACCUGGUGCAGUACUCGCAGCAGGGCCUGCACUGGCUGCGGAACAGCGCUCACCUGCCAUAGGGCCCGGCUGGCCCGGCUGCGUCUCAUCUCACGGACAGCUCAGAGCUUCGGGACACGGGCCACCGAGAUUCUCAGCCACAGCCCCUGUCAGACCACAGCGAACAUCCCCUCAGCCUCGAGCAGCGGUGUUUUCCCAGGGCACGUGUGGUUGUGUGCGUGGUUGUGUAUGUAGCUGCCUGUGUAUGUGUGUGUAAGAUACACGGCUCUUCAGAACCCUUUUUGUGUGUGUCUGGUUCCCACGAGCCCGGGCUAGACAACGCAAUCAGAGGUCUCUGAUCCUAGAAGUACGUGUACACACACAAGCACACACACACACAAGCACACACACACUCUUUCUAUUCCAGUGGUAAACCAUGACUUCUUAGGAAAUUCAACCAAAAUCUCAUGGGUUAGUUAACCAGGUGCAAUACAGCACACCAAAAGCUUGACUGCCAGUUAAGAUGAACGUAAGUCUUAUACUAUUGAUCACUUUCAGUAUUAAUUUUUGUUUCUCAAUUAUUUUUUGAUUGGUGUGCUUUCAUGGGUUGAGCUGAAUAAGGAAAAUAAGUCAGUUAUUUUUGUGCCGAAGUUUAAUAGAUUGCAUGUUACCAAACCCCCCGUCCCUCCUCUCCUGCCCCAGCCAAAAUCCAACUUUACUAUCAACUAAACGCAAACAGAUCAACUCCCACAAGCCUGCCCCACCCCACCCCCAAAUUUCAGUGUGAAAAUGGCACUGAGAUUUGGUAAAAACUCAGUGUCUUUGAAAGUUAACAGACAUUAAAGUGAUGGCUGUGUUUGGGGGCUCAGCUAGAAAUUGAAAGGUUUUGCAUAUGCAGCGGAGAAUGCAUUGCCCGUGCAUUUCUCUUUCUUGCCACUGUGACACGGCAAUACUUUUCAGGUCUUUUCUUCCCACAGUAGCUUUCUUACAAAGUUUAUUGGCCAAAUUAGGACAUUAUGUAGAAUGUCCCUUCAUCUUGAUUGUGGGGGCAUUUUACAAGCUGUGAUGAGAGCCGGCUGCUUCCAAACAGUUCUUUUUUGGGCAGUGACAGCCAGAACAUCCUGCCCACAGCCUGUGCAUCUGGUACGUUUAAUCCUUGCCCUUAGCUCUUUUCUUUCCUUUUUUUUUUUUUUUUUUUUAACUUCUCAUUUUAGAUUUUUUGACAUCUUGUUCUCAGUUUGUGUCUGAAAUCUAUUUUUUAUAGCAUCAUGUUUCGCCCUAGAUUUAGUCUUGUUAAGUAUAUUUGGAUGUGAAAACAUUGGUAAAAAGAAAACAAACUCCUGAAAAAGAGGACAUGCCUUGAAACAUUUUAUUUGAAGUGUCCUCGAGGCCUCUCACUUGACAACAUUGCCCCAGGAUGGUCUGAGAAAGCCAGGUGAUGUGGAACGAGGGCAGGCCGUGACGUUGGCUCAGGUAGUUACACCAGAGGCUGAUGUGCGCGCACGCUGGGUUCCUGUUCACCUGGGUGCCGUGAUAACGUUGUCAUCUGAUCAACAGGUGGAAAUAAGGCUGUGUCAUUCCAGGCUCUAGACCCCGAUUCAAAACUGUACAAACAAUUGAACGACUUUGGUGAUUUGAAAUUAAUUUAAAAUGAGCAAGUGAAGGGCUUGUUCAAUUUGCAUUUGGCUUUGGCCUUUGCGGAAGGGUUCUGGCAAUACUGACGGUAUUUCUGUUUUAUGUUUAUGCCGCCGAGGUGCUUCAUACAUUCCCUUCACUAGUGGUUGCCAGAUUUCACGAUCCCAUCCUGUGUUGGAAAUUUGAAUCUAACUUAAAUUUUGGAUCUUUUUCUUUUUUUCUUAUUUUGAGGACUGAGGCUUCAUUCUGCUUACUCUUGGUGAAUUCUGAUGAAAUGUUCAAACUCGCACAUAAAGGGAUGACCCUUAGCCUCGUCACACAGCCCCGGGUGCCUUUGGGUCUUGCCCAUCUUUAAAGAUGGGGACUUGGUUGUGGCAUCACGUGAUGUGCUUAGACAUGAAACCCCAUUUGAACACGCAGGUGGCCUCUGGCUAAUGGUGCCAGCAGCAUUUUCUUGGCCCUCUAGUGAUCCACGUGUCCUGGCAAAGCUUCUUGAAACUGGCAGUUCUGGGGUUGGUCAGAGCGCGCAGUUCCCGGCACCACCUUGCGGUUCGUCGAGCGUGUGGGGCAGCUGUGGGGUUUGAUUCGGUAUGGAUAUUUUUGAUCAGGAACCACCUUCUGAUUGUUGCUUGUGAAAGUCAUUCAUGACUUGUUCCUUUUAUUUAGUUUUGUUCAAAGCAGAAAUAUCCUUCCUGUGUUUUCUGAUGAUAAAAGUAACAGAUCCUCAUUGUAAAAACCCAAACGAUACAGAAACGUGUGAAGUAGAAUAUGUAAGUCCUGGUUGUACCAUUUCCCUGAGACAGCCACUGCUCACGGUUUGAUGUCUGUCUUUCCAGAGGCUUUUCCUUUUGAACAUAUAAUUUUAUUAUCAUUUCUAUUUGAAGACGUGUGCUUUCCUUAGAAUUUCAACAUGCCCUUGACUGACCUUAUCCUUCCGUGAUGUGACUAGAUGUCAUCCUUUAUCACAAUGUUAGAAUUAUCCUGGAAAAAGAGUACCCAAAUAUAUUCCAGAUCAAAAUUUGGCAUUUGUUAACACUCUAUACAAAUCAGCCUCAUGUGCAGAAUUGUGCCUGGAGAGAGAAGUUUGGUUAAAAUAAAUAUUUCUGGAAAAUCUCAAAUUGUGAAUGGAAACUCAGACCCACUAUCUAAAGAGGAAUGUACUGGAAAAAUAAUUUGAAGAGCCGACAAACAAUGUUCUAGAUUGAACACAUGGAAUGCAAUGCAGUGAGACUUCUGCACUAAAAUUUUUCAUCGCCUGUACAACGGUAUGUGUAUUAUAUAACUGUGACGUGUACAUUCCUGACACCCCAUACAUAAUAUACACAGUUUGUAUAAAUGCAUACAUUUAAAAAUAUAUAUGUACAAAACAGCUAACAUAAAACUGUAGUGAGCCUGAAGGAUACUACUAGUGCCUAAUAUUGAGUAUGUCACUGCGUGUUCACAUCACAUUUGGAAGUGCAGUAAUUGUUAUAAAAUUAAUCAGUGCAGCCAACCAUUAUUUAUGAACCACAUCUUUGAAACUGUGCAGUAGUAUAUACAUAUAUAUUUUUAAAUAACAUUUUUCACAGUUUUCCAGAGUUACUGUUGAAAUCUGUAUCACCAAAAAAAAAAAAAAAAGCAAGAUUUUUUUAAUGACGUAGACACUCUCAGACCCA